CCCACUGCGGCUGCGCAGUGAGGGGAGCAGCCGGUGCUGCUGCUCCUCCUCCCAUCCCUCCCCCUCCCCCAGGGGCUGAGGAACGCUUCGGAACUUCGACAAUUUUCGUCAGUUUCCGGACUAGACCCGAGUCGUCCUACGCCUGGGCCCUCCUGCUCCUUGGGGACUUUCCUUCACCGCUUCGGCUACUUCCGUACGGCCUCGGCUGGUGUCGUUAAUUUCCGCUCCUCGAUCGGAAAUGGCCGAAGGCGUGUGUGAUCCUGCGGUGUAGGGGAGGUGGCGGAGAGCGGCCGGCUUCUUGGGACAAACCAACUGUGCCUGGACGGGGGGGGGGGAGCAGGUUCGAACGGACGGAGGAGAAGGCGGCAGCAGUUACGGCCCCCCCCCCCCCCCGAGGGUGGCGGCGGGGUGAAGCCCGGGACGGCGCCUCCCAGCGGAGGGCUGAGUGGAGGCGCAGGAGUUGACCCUGUUGGCCGUCCAUGGGAACACUGUGAGAUCUGAGCAAGAAGGUGGUUGCGAAGGAGUCUGAAAGCGCCCAGAUAAAACUUUCUCAUUGGUGAUCACAGCUAUCUGACUGGUAGGAAGUUGGAUUCAGGUUGCAGAAACCUGAUUUUCAGGCAUGACAGAGUAUCAGCAGCACAGAGAUGAUGAGAGAGACUGAUGCUUAUCCAAGUCUCUUCCAACUUGUUUUCAAUUAUGGCUGUUGAUUCUCCAUAUUCAUUGGAUGGUAAUGCAGGAUGUCAAGAGCAGCGGUGAGAGGUCGACUUGAUCCCAUUGUGUUUUUGUUGCCAUGACAACACUACAACACUACUAGCAACAGCCAGUUACCCAGCGAUAAAGGGAGAAGUUCGGUGAUUGAUUCUAAUUGGACCAAAAGUUGCCUUUGAAACAAAAAGGCUGGAGGCAGCCAUCGUCACAACAAGAAGAUGAAAUUUCCAUUCUAUUGGCCCCUUAUUAAGCAGGCACAAUAACCUUUUCUUUUAGAAACUUGCUAAUAAAAACUGUUUUGGUUAUGGCUACUGAUCCAACGUGAUUGGGCACGCACUGAUUCUCAGACUCAUGACUGGGUAUACCAUGUUGCGGAAUGGGGGAGUGGGGAAUGGCGGCCAACCCUGGGUGUUACGAUGGUCCAGUCGGAUCCGGCUCACUUGGCUUAGCUUUACCCUGUUCAUCAUCCUCGUCUUCUUCCCCCUCAUUGCCCACUACUACUUGACCACCAUUGAUGAUGCGGAUGAUGCUGGCAAGCGCAUCUUCGGCCCCCGCACCGGAAAUGAGCUGUGUGAGGUGAAGCAUGUCCAGGAUCUGUGCCGCAUCCGUGAGUCAGUCAGCGAGGAGCUGCUCCAGCUGGAGGCCAAGCGACAGGAGCUCAACAGCGAGAUCGCCAAGUUGAACCUGAAAAUCGAAGCCUGCAAGAAGAGCAUAGAAAACGCCAAACAGGAUCUCCUGCAGCUGAAGAAUGUCAUCAGCCAGACUGAGCAUUCCUACAAAGAACUGAUGGCUCAGAACCAGCCAAAGCUCUCCUUGCCAAUCCGGCUGCUGCCAGACAAAGAUGAAGCUAACUUGCCUUUGCCAAAAUCCAACAGGAACUGCAGGCUGUACAACUGCUUUGACUACUCACGCUGCCCACUGACGUCUGGCUUCCCAGUGUAUGUCUACAACAGUGAUCAGUACCCUUUUGGUAGCUCCUUAGACCCUUUAAUUAAGCAAGCCUUUGAGGCAACCGUCAGAACUAAUGUUUAUGUUACUGAAAAUGCAAACAUUGCUUGUGUGUAUAUAAUUUUAGUGGGGGAAAUGCAAGAGCCCAUAAUGCCAAAACCUACUGAACUGGAGCAACAGUUGCACUCUUUGCCAUAUUGGAGGACUGAUGGACACAACCAUCUCAUCAUUAAUUUAUCGAGAAAAUCGGAAACUCAGAACUUUAUCUAUAACAUCAGCACAGGGCGAGCCAUGAUUGCCCAAUCCACCUUUUAUGAUGUACAGUAUCGGCCAGGUUUUGAUAUUGUGGUAUCGCCUCUAGUCCAUGCAAUGUCCGAACCCAACUUCCUAGAGAUCCCACCCCAGGUGCCAGUAAAGCGAAAGUACCUAUUCAGUUUCCAGGGAGAGAAAAUAGAGUCUCUUCGAUCCAGCUUGCAAGAGGUUCGUUCGUUUGAAGAGGAAAUCGAAGGCAAUGCCCCAGCUGACUAUGAUGAUCGGAUCAUUACCACCUUGAAGGCUGUCCAAGACAGUAAGUUGGACUUUGUCUUGGUGGAAUUCACUUGUAAGAACCAGCCUAAGGCAAGUCUGCCCACUGAGUGGGCUCUUUGUGGAGAAAGGGAUGACAGAUUAGAGCUACUGAAGCUAUCUACUUUUGCACUGAUAAUCACACCAGGGGACACCCAUCUAUUGAUCUCUGCUGGGUGUGCCAUGAGACUCUUUGAGGCUCUGGAAGUCGGAGCCAUCCCAGUGAUUCUUGGAGAGCAAGUUCAGCUGCCCUAUCAUGAUGUGAUCCGAUGGAAUGAGGCAGCCUUAAUCAUACCAAAGCCACGUAUCACAGAAGUGCACUUUCUUCUGAGAAGCAUUUCUGACAACGAUCUCCUUACCAUGAGGAGGCAGGGCCGCUUCUUGUGGGAGACCUACUUCUCCACCUCUGACAACGUGUUCAGCACAGUCUUAGCCAUCAUAAGGACUCGAAUUCAAAUCCCAGCUGCUCCUAUUCGAGAAGAAACUGCAGUGGAGAUUCCUCACCGCUCUGGCAAAGCUGCUGGUACUGACCCCAACAUGGCAGACAAUGGUGACUUAGACUUGGGGCCUGUGGAAACAGAACCACCCUAUGCAUCUCCCAAAUACCUUCGCAAUUUUACUCUCACCGCAAUGGAUAUCUACAGGAAUUGGAAUUCAGCUCCAGGGCCUUUCCACCUCUUUCCACACACACCCUUUGAUCCCGUUUUACCUUCAGAAGCUAAGUUUCUUGGGUCUGGGACUGGAUUUCGACCAAUUGGAGGAGGAGCAGGUGGUUCUGGGAAAGAGUUCCAAGCUGCCUUGGGUGGCAAUGUCCCAAGGGAGCAGUUCACAGUAGUCAUGUUAACCUAUGAGCGGGAGGAAGUGUUAAUGAACUCCCUAGAGAGACUCAAUGGACUCCCUUACUUAAAUAAAGUUGUAGUAGUGUGGAACUCCCCCAAACUUCCCUCCGAAGACCUCUUGUGGCCCGACAUCGGUGUCCCAAUCAUGGUUGUCCGCACAGAAAAGAACAGUCUGAACAACAGGUUCCUGCCAUGGGAUGAGAUCGAGACAGAGGCCAUUCUGUCUAUCGACGACGACGCCCACCUUCGCCAUGACGAGAUCAUGUUUGGGUUCCGAGUCUGGAGAGAGGCAAGGGACCGCAUUGUUGGAUUCCCUGGGCGAUACCAUGCGUGGGACAUCCCGCAUCAAUCCUGGCUCUAUAACUCGAACUACUCUUGUGAACUGUCCAUGGUGCUGACUGGUGCUGCCUUCUUUCAUAAGUACUAUGCCUACCUGUAUUCUUACGUGAUGCCACAAGCCAUCCGUGACAUGGUAGACGAAUACAUCAACUGUGAGGAUAUUGCCAUGAACUUUCUAGUCUCUCACAUCACAAGGAAACCACCCAUCAAGGUGACCUCACGCUGGACCUUCCGCUGCCCUGGCUGCCCUCAGGCUCUUUCACAUGACGAUUCGCACUUCCACGAGCGGCACAAGUGCAUCAACUUCUUCGUCAAGGUGUACGGGUACAUGCCCCUCCUGUACACCCAGUUUCGUGUGGACUCGGUCCUAUUCAAGACCCGCCUGCCCCAUGACAAGACUAAAUGCUUCAAGUUCAUUUAGGACGGGAUUUACUGGGGGGUCCGUUCGGCACUCUGGACAUGGGCAAGAGGCUGAAGGGUGGCAAUCUUUGCCGGGUUCUGAGUGAGAAACACCUCCAGUAUGGGCUGCGAUGCAAAGCAAAAGGAAAAUUACAGAUUCUAAUCAAUAAUUUUUACCCACCCACUCCAGGGUAACUGCACCAAGUUAAAUGGAACCAGACCAUAUGACCUGUGUGAAGACACUUGCUAGGAUCAUACACUGAGGAACUAGAGACUUUGGUUAGUAGCUCAGCUAGUCCAUUACCCAAGGGCAACCAUUUUUUAAAUUUUUGUUAUUUAAAUUGAAAGUGUUUUAGAUUUGCCACGUGAGGCUUUUUUUUUUUUUUUAAGCCAGCCUGUCUAUCCUGUGGGGGGGCGAUUCCCAGCCCCCAAGCAGCUCUUGUGUCUGUCAGUUGUCCUCUGUGCUAACUCAUUUCGGGGCAGGGGUACAGUCACUCUCUUGCUUCCCCUCCCUGUUUCGAUCGGCCCAAGUUAUAACGAGCCGCUGCAAGCAGUGGGCUGUGCUCCUCUCUGGCUACUGAGGCCUUUCAGGUGUCACAUCGAUGAACUCACCUCCCCCGUCAGACCCCCGCCACCUUCCCCACCCACCGCCUUCACCUCGCAGCCCAGAGAGGGAAGACCAGAGAGGGGGGUUCCAGAGGUUCCCUCCCCAACUGUCUUUCCCAGCUCCUAGCACCAGAUUUACAAGGGGGCCUUGUCCACCUGUCCUUCAGAUGGCUUCAGCUGCCGCACUCUGUUCAGGGAUUCGGUUAGCACUGCACACACUCAACCUGCACUUGAAGUUCCAGCCCAGUUCCUCUCCACCCUGGUCUCACUCAUUUCCCUUCCUGCUCCUCACUGCACAAACGCUAUUAACCUUCAGCCACUCCGACAGCCUUGGCUCCUGUUUGGGGAUCUUAAACAUUGCUUCUGGGGUGACUGACGUCUGCAGUAACUAGAGUGGGUGUGAUCUGGGGCGAUCCUGAGGCCCUGUGUUUUUCCGUAGCCUGCUUAGUUGUAAAGGGAGCUUGGUUUAAGUUCUCUCUAUUUUGGUCUUUUAGCAAGGGCAUCAGGAAUGCUCCCCAUCCUCUAGGGGCUUCAUUUGCUGGAGCUGGAGAUCUGUGCCAAGAACGGCACGAGAUUCACUCCAAAGGGUCCAUGGCAUCAUCGUUAACAGAGUAAAAACGGCAGGUGCUGCUUAUUCAAAACCCUAGGGGGAUGGUCACACGCACAAGCCUGGUGGGAGCAACUUCUUCCCCAGGGUAGCAGAGGGAGAGCUGGCCAUUGCUUUGCCAGUAGGUGCAUGGGGAGGCAGGCGUGUUAUAGGGUUCAUCUACACUGGAAUAAAAGACCUGCAGCAUGGCCAUGGCUGGCCUAGGGCAGCUGACUGGGGCCUGCGGGCUUCCAGAACUUGGGCUCCAGCCCUAGCCCAAACAUCUACACAGCAAUUUUAGCGCCCCGCAGCCAGAGCCAGCUGGCCCAGGCUGGCUGUUGGUGUUUAAUUGCUGUGUAGACGCACUCAGAGAAGCUGAUUUCGGUGAGAGGGCGCCAGUGGUGGUGGUGAACAGGGCUUCCCGCUGCCCUGCCCUUCAGAACUGGGGGCUCAGAUUCAGUAGGACUUACUCUGCUUCUCUUUUUGGGAUUGUGUCAAAUGCUGCUCUGGUCUUCAUGGGGCAGUGAAGAGAGAAUACGCCCCCCCUCUGAUUGUUACACAGCUUUAAACUGCUAGGAGGACCUAAGUGAAGUACCAGCAGGACUGGCUGCCCGAUGUGCUCACUUGCCUACGCCCCACAGGGCAGUCAGAUAAGACAACCAUGGGCUUCAGUGUUCCUGCCUUAAAAUCUCCCCUCCUACACGCGUGCACGCACUCCUGCCACAGCAGGACACACACACAAACACACUGCUGCAGGAGGGCUGUUCCUUCUUUGGAGGUGAUCGCACUGGGGUUUAAAACAAACUACUCCUCCUGCAGAAUUUGGAAGGGUCUCUUGAACCUCACUGUUUUCUCUGCUCUGAGCCUGCUCAUCUUCCUCUGCCCCGGAUCUGUCCGUGAUGCUCUGUGACCCCUCCCAGGUAUCUGCACCCUUCUUGCUGCUGCGGUUUCUUUUUUUUUGCUCCCUUGUCCUCGGCAGUGCACUCAUUCAUUUCCCAUAAUGCAAGAAAGGACACCACAGUUCUCCUUUUCAGAACGACUGACUGUGCCACUUCAAUUGUUCUUGAUUUUUAACAACAGCCUGCAGAGGGUAAAGUAGUCACGUCUCAGGAGCGCUCUCCUUACGUAUUAAUUGUCCCCCGUUGCCAUCUAAAAUCAUCCUUAAUAUUAUCCUGUCAUCUCCCUGACACUGAUUCUUGCCAAUGCUGGAUCCAGAUCUAAAGUGCCACCCCAACUACCAGAGUCAGCCAUGUGGAGCUAAACAAAGGGGUUUUGUGUUCCACUGCUGUGUUUCUACAGGUCCUUUGGACAGGCCUGAAAGCAGCCAGCACCAGCCAUGCCAAGACCACCUUCCCCUUCCUUUCUGGGUACAUUCCUUCUGAUCACUGGUACUGAGAAGCACCCCUGCACAUCCUGUUGCUCUUCAGAGGAGUUGUGCCUGCAGAACUGUGUAUGAGAGUGAUGCCACUGACCAUCAGCAAAACAGUGUCACAGCUCUCCACAAAUACACCCAACAGAGACCAAGAUACCUUCCUCUUACUGUUAGUAACCAGGGCGGGUUGGUUAUUAUGGUAGUUGCAAAGCUUUCAGAGGGAAAUGUGACUGGGCCCCUUUAACAAUAGGGUGCCUUUUUCCAAACUUUCCUGGGGAUGGUUGGUUGUCGUGGGGCGGGGCGGGGCAGGGGAAGUAACUGCCCACUUACUUGCCCCCAGGUCAGUUUGUUGUUCCUGUUGUGAUCUGCGAUGUUACAGAAUGGGAGCUUGUCAGAGCCAGGAUCAAUGAUCCAGCACCUGCAAGAUUAAAAGCAAUGCCCAUUUUUAUGGAGUAAUCUGCCACAUGCCCCUCUUUUCCCCAUCUCGGUCUAGCUAUAGGUGCAUUUGGAAUAUAAUCAGUAAGGUAACUGACCUGGUACUUGAACUAUUAUUUUGAUUGUCUUUAAAGCUGAGCACUAUAGCCACAUAUCUCAUUUUCAGUAGCUUACAUCAAGUCUCCAGUACAUUUAGUUGAGAGGUACAUGAUCAGCUGCACGUGGCUGUAUUUUAGCUGAUUGUCCAUGUGAACCCCGCAGAAAAUCUGAACCCCAUGGUGGAAACUCCCCCGCUACCUCUCCACUGUGCAGGUAACUGCUACCCAUCAUGGCAUGCUGCUAAGGGCAAUGCUCCUCUUUCCCAGGAGAGCAGAGGACAUGUCACUUUGUAUCUCUUCAUGUUUCCCAUGGAGUGUAAUGAAACAAGAUCGAUUUUUUUUUUAAUUUGUUUUUAGCUGCAAAAAUAUCAGGCUAUCGAAACAAACCCUUUGAAGUGUAACAGUCCUUAAAAAUGCAACCAGUGGCCAUUGAUAGACAGUGAAGGAGCCUGUGGCAUCAUCUUUCCGCUCCCUCAUGGUGCAGAAGUAGCACAAGACUGUUAGCAAAUGUACCGGACUCUUCAUUGGCAGGAAUGAGCCUGAAUACCCAUCUCUACUGACAAGUCUUAAGCUCACCGAAAAGAAUCGCAAACCUUUCUGCUGUUGUCUUCAUUAAUUCUCCUCUCAUGAGGUUGGAGCUAAAGAAGAUGCUUUUGACGGCAGCAUAUGUGUUUGUGUAGGAUGUAGAUCCUCUUCCAUCCCACAAAGAUGUAGCUCGCUCCCUCAGCUCUCUCCCUUACAGGACCCCACAGGAAACAAGCAAGAAUUUAAAAUGGAGAUGAAUGCAGACUGUGGAUUGCACUUUAUAACAAAAAUUGUAAAAUGUAUGUAUAUAUAAAAAAAAAAACUUGUGAUCAAA